GGAGCUGCACUUCAGUUUAAAUAAAAAACGAUAGGGAAAUUCCUUGCCGCAGAGCUUGGCGGAGGUACAAUCAUCGUUGCAAAUCGUUCAUCGGCUUCUAACCGGGAAACUUUUAGGUUGUGAACGAUCAAUGAGACCAGUUUUCACAUGCGGGUGUUUUACAAGCAAUUUAUAGGACUUGACUCAACCGGAAUCAAGUUGGUCGCUAUUGCAACAGAUUAUAAAACAUCAGAUGUUUUCGAGAUUAUUAGAAAAUCUGAUGAUCCAAGCCUUGUUCGGAUUAAAGCACCAAAUGGGUCCUUCUUGCAGGCGAAAACUCAAGAUCUUGUGACCGCUGAUUCUAAAGGUGAUGGGCAAUGGCAAGACGAUGAUCCUUCAGUUUUCGAGAUGACGAUAGCGCAAAGAUUGCAAGGAGAGUACCAAGUGACUCAUGGUUAUGGUCCUUCAAAAGCGCCACAAAUCAUGAAUUUGUGUGUUGCAGGCUGGAGAAAACCUUUAAAGUUUCAGAAAAGGCUACAGGUUGUGUUUCAAUUGUGUCUGAAAUUGAAGAAUUGAGCUUUGUCAAAGAACUCCAUUAUAGGUCAAAGUCUUGAGAGAUGGUUAUGUUGUUGCAAGUGCUGCUACGAGUGAUGCAUGUUGAGACAAAAGUGCUGUUAGGAGUGAUGCAAGUUAUGUUGAAGUUGCUCAUACAAGUUAUGUUGAAGUUGCUGACUCAUUUGUAGAUAGCUUUUGAUUAGAAGUUUAUGUAUAUAGUAACUAAAUUGAAAACUUUUGUAUAGA